GCUGGGGAAUAAAUGGUAAACUAGGAAUCUUACCUAGGCCCUCCCAGUUGAAACUAAGUCAAAAUGGGUUCCCAUGAGACUGCCUGGCUCAUGCAGAUGAAAGGCUAACAUCUUUUUAGAAACAACUUGCACUACCCUCUCCUGUUCCAAAAGGCUGUCUGGUCAGAAUGGUGGUAGGUCACCUUAGGAAGGAAAAGACGUUGUCCUGUUUAUCAGAUAGAAUUAGCAAAGGUUCAAUUUAAAAGAACAAUUCUCUAAGAAGUUAAAAAUAAAAGUGCGGGGAGAUUCCCAUGACAUCCAUUUUUAUCUCUUUUCCCUUUCUCUUACAUUUCCCAUGAGGCAAACUUUCUAAAACAGCCUUAGUCUUCUCAAGUUUACAAAAGGGAGCACCUAGACUACCUGAAUAAAAAUGACAGCGGUGCCCGGAAGAAGAGCGCGCCUCUCCCACGUGCACCCUGCCUGGGCUCCAUGCUGUCUCCGGCUCUGAGGUACUCACUCAGCGGGGAUUUCUGGAGUGCCAGGAACACAAACCCCAACAAGAUCCAAUCCAUGCCUUCCCGGAGUGCACAGUCCAGAAAGCAACCCGGCGAACAAGUAGCAAUUACCCCCUAAGGAGAUGGCUUCAUCCGCGCGACAGACAGACACCACAGACACCAAGGGCCUGCCCCACGCCCUUGACAGCGAGGCUGUCCCGGUCCUACUGGAGCUUGGAGCCGGCUUGGGACAGAACCAAGACACAUGGGACACGAUGCACACACGCGUCCUGACGGUGGGCGCCGAGAAUGCGGCCCCGGCUGCUGCCGCAGGCCCCUCUGUGGGCACCAGCGGCUCCCCUUUCCCGCCCCCACACAGGGGAGAGCGCAGCAAACACCCGCCGCGGACAGUGGGCCCUGGAUUCGGAUUCGGUGACUCCUGGGAACAAGGAGGUGGGAGCAGGCGAAAACCCCCCCCCCGGGGGUCUUUGCCACCGCGCGCCAGGCGUCCCCGCGGCUGAGAAGCGGCGCCAUCUCCGCAGGUGCGCGGUGGACGCCUGCGUCCCUCAGGCCCGGGGCUGUCCGGCGCUACACAUCCACCUCCCGGGCGCGCAGAGGGCCCGGCCCGUGCCGAGUCCGGGCGGGGCUGAGCUUCCCCGCGCGGCGCCGGCUCAGGCACUGCCCGCAGUGCGGGACACGCCCAGGACUUCAGAGGGAGCCGGCGCUGCGGGAGCGGCACGGGCAGGGAGCGCCGCGGGCCGAGGCCGCGUCGGGAGGGGCGGGCGCGGCCGGCGGGAUUGCAGGGUCGCGGGACGGGUCCGCAGGCCAGGCGGGAGCUGGGAGCGGCAAGAGCCGGCCGGCGAUGGUGGGAGAGCGGACCCAUGUGGGGACCGCAAGCCCCGGGAAAGAGCGCGCGAGCGGCGGGUCCCGGCGGCACUCACCGAGCCUGGGCGCCGGGGCGGGGGCGGCCGGUGCGCUGCCUUCUCGCGGGGUCCCCUCCCUUGGCCACCCGGGCUCCGCUCCAGCCUAGCAGGGGCGGCGGCACUGACAGCUGCGUGGCCGCCCUGGAGGGGAGGGGGUGCCUGCUACCCACGACUGACGGACGCACUGGCCGCGACGGCUCCUGCAGGGGGCGCGGCGGCUCGCGCUUGCGCAGUCGGUCGCCCCUGCAGAGGGCGCGCUGGCUUGCGCGUGCGUAGUCGGCCACCUUGCGGGUACGCGGCUCGCACCUGGCCACUUGGCAGCCCGCGCCUGCGCACUGCCUGCGCCAGCGCCUAUGUCCGGCAGGGGGCGCGUAGCGGCGGUAGCCGAGCGGGCGGGGGCGGCGGCCUCUCAGGAAUGACGGCGCACGUGCGUUUCCGAGCGGUGAAGGGCUUCACACCCGGAAAUUCGACUUUGGCGGUUUUUCCAUUUCCCCUUACGCACUGUCUUACCUUGGGCUCUCGUCAUUCGUGGCACCGAGGGAAGCGCUUCUUCGCCUCUGGCCAGGCGCUGGGGCUCGACAGAAGGCGAGAAGGUAGCGAGGAACCUUCUGGAAUUCAGCCGUUGGGACCAGCGUCGAGUUUGCAGGAGAAGGCAGGGUGUCACGGGAUGAGCGGAGUCGCCCUCAGUUAA